GGUCUAGAAGGAGCGCAAUACUUCAGAAAUUUAUAUCAAAAAUUGAAUAUAUUUUAUGUCAAAGAAAGAAACUACAAAACGUAAAUAUGAUAAAAUAUUAUCGUACUCCUGGCCUGUCAGAAUGUUCACAUCAAGAAUGUUUAUCAAAGUUGAAAAAAGUAUCACCACAUGUGGUACGAAUAGCAACUGAGACAUGCUUCUGCAUUGAACUCGAGAAAGGAUAUCAGUUGUGUAGUGCAGAUGAACAAAGGCUUUUGUGGAUUUUGACCCUUCCUUUUAGCGAAAAAAACAUUAGCAAGAGGUCUUUUCUUCAAAACCAGUUAACACAAAAAGUUGGAUGUCAGCACAUUACAAUUGAAGUUGGGCCAAGGUUAAAUUUUUCCACUGCUUGGUCUACCAAUGCAGUGUCAAUCUGCCAGUCUAUUGGUUUGAUUCAUGUAAAACGUAUUGAAGAGUUCAUGAGAUAUGUAGUCGAAGUUAACAUUUGUGAUGAAAGUUCAGCUGAAAAUGGCUUUAAUGAGGAUCUUAGUGGAUCACUUGCAAGGGUUCUACAUGACAAAAUGACACAGUGUACUUAUGACCAACCUUUAGAGUGUUUCGAUGUUGAUAUUAAACCUGAUCGAUGGUUUGAAGUUGAUGUUCUUUCCAAAGGAAGGAUUGCACUUGAACAAGUUAACCAGGACCUAGGCUUAGCAUUUGAUGACUGGGACUUGGAUUACUACACUGCAUUAUUCUUAACAAAUCUCAAACGAAACCCAACAAGUGUUGAAUGUUUCGAUCUGGCCCAAUCAAACAGUGAACAUUCAAGACAUUGGUUUUUCAGAGGGAAGAUUUUUAUUGAUGGAAAGGAAAUUCAUGAAUCACUUAUGGAUAUGGUCAAGAAAACUAGCAAACUUUCAAAUGAUAAUAGUGUCAUACGUCUAACUGAUAACAGCAGUGCAAUAAAAGGAUACAAAGUCCCAGUAAUGUUCCCAGGUGACACAUCACAAGCAAGUUCAGUUGAAGUUGAGGAAAGCACCAGGCAUAUCAUAUUUACUGCUGAGACUCAUAAUUUUCCUACAGGUGUGGCACCUUUUCCUGGGGCCACAACAGGUACAGGUGGUCGAAUACGAGAUGUCCAAGCAGCAGGGACUGGUUCCAAUGUUGUGGCUGGAACUGCUGGCUAUUGUUUUGGAAAUUUAAAUAUUCCAGGUUAUGACUUGCCAUGGGAGGCCAAUGACUGGGAGUACCCAUCAAAUUUUGCAUCCCCUUGUGAAAUUGCGAUUGAAGCAAGUAAUGGUGCCUCAGAUUAUGGGAACAAGUUUGGUGAACCUGUUUUGGCUGGUUUUUCUCGCUCUCUUGGAAUGUUAUGGAAUAAAGAAAGAAGAGAAUGGAUAAAGCCCAUCAUGUUUAGCGGCGGCAUUGGAUCCAUCGACUGUAGACAUAUAUCCAAAGAUCUCCCUGAAAAAGGAAUGAAUGUCGUAAAGAUUGGUGGUCCAAUCUACCGUAUCGGUGUAGGUGGAGGUUCUGCCUCAUCAAUUCAAGUUCAAGGAGAUAAUGCAAGUGAAUUAGACUUUGGUGCUGUGCAAAGAGGUGAUGCGGAGAUGGAACAGAAAUUAAACAGAGUUAUCCGUGCCUGUAUAGAAAUGAAAGAGAAUAAUCCAAUAUGCAGUAUACACGAUCAAGGAGCUGGUGGAAAUGGUAAUGUGUUGAAAGAAUUAGUUGAACCAACAGGGGCGAUUAUCUAUACUGAAGCUUUUAAACUUGGUGACCCAACGAUAUCAACACUUGAAUUAUGGGGUGCUGAAUACCAGGAAAGUAAUGCGUUACUGGUUAGACCGGAACACCGUGGAAUACUUGAGAAGAUUUGUAAGAGAGAAAAAGUCGACGUUUGUUUUGUUGGCAGUGUAACAGGUGAUGGUAAAAUCGUGUUAAAAGAAAGUGCAGAAAACAAUGGACAUACUUCUAAUGGGAAUGCAAACGUUGAAGUUGAAGCUAAGAAGGCGAAGAAACGUGAUCCAGUUGAUAUUGAACUAGAUGUCGUUUUAGGCAAGAUGCCGAGAAAAGAAUUUCAGAUGAAUCGCGUGAAACCAACCCUGAGGCAUCCUUUGAGACUUGAUCCUAAGUUAACUGUAAGAGAUGCGCUUGAACGAGUACUGAGACUACCAUCAGUUGCAAGUAAAAGAUAUCUUACAAACAAGGUUGACCGUAGUGUGACCGGAUUAGUAGCUCAACAACAAUGUGUUGGACCGCUUCAUACACCUGUCGCAGACGUUGCUGUGACGUCAUUAAGUUAUUUUAAUACUCUUGGUGCCGCUACUGCUAUUGGUGAGCAGCCAAUCAAAAUUCUCAUUGAUUCUUGUGCUGGUGCCCGGAUGUGUCUUGGUGAAGCGUUGACAAAUUUGAUUUUCGCUCAAAUUACUGAAUUAAAGGAUGUUAAAUGUAGCGCGAACUGGAUGUGGCCGGCUAAACUCCCUGGUGAAGGAGUUACCUUGUAUGAUGCUUGUCGUUCUGUAUGUGAUGCAAUGACGUCAUUAGGUGUUGCGAUUGAUGGCGGUAAAGAUUCUCUGAGUAUGGCGGCGAGGGUUGGUGACGAGACAGUAAAAGCCCCCGGGUCACUUGUAGUGUCUGUAUAUGCUCCUUGUCCUGAUAUUACUGCUACUGUAACACCUGAUCUGAAAAUUUUUGAUGGUAAAGGAUCAAUACUUUAUGUGAAGUUAGAUAAAGAAUAUUGCCGACUAGGAGGAAGUGCAUUGGCUCAAGUCUUCAACCAAGUUGGAGAUGUAUCUCCUGAUUUAGAUAAUCCCGAGAUGCUUUCGAAAUGUUUUGCUAUUACACAAGAUCUGCUGUCCAAACGAAUGAUAUCAUCUGGUCAUGACGUCAGUGAUGGUGGUUUAAUAACCACGCUGCUUGAAAUGGCCUUUGCUGCAAACUGUGGACUUUCAAUCGACAUUAAAUCAAGCGACACAGUCGGAGGUAACGAAGCUAAGAAUAUCCCGCUGAAUCUCCUGUUUGCAGAGGAACUGGGCAUUGUGCUGGAAGUUUUGGACGAGAAUGUCAACGCUGUUUGUAAAGCAUACACAAAAGCUGGUAUCAUCUGUAACAAGAUUGGUCAUACGAGCACAUUUGGUCAAGAUGGGAUAAUUAUGGUCUCGAUUGAUGACGUUGUUGUUCUGGAAGAUAAAAUGACGUCAUUACGAGAUGUCUGGGAGGCCACAAGUUUUCAACUGGCGCGAUUACAAUCCAAUGCCAAAUGUGUGAUUAGCGAAGAAUCCAUUCUCAGUACUAGAAAAACGCCUCCAUAUAGUUUGUCUUUUACACCCUCCAAGAAAACUCCAGGAGGUGAUGAUGUGAAACGACCAAAAGUUGCUGUUAUUCGUGAAGAAGGUAGCAAUGGUGAUCGCGAGAUGAGUGCAAGUUUGCUCCAAGUUGGAUUCGAAGUUUGGGAUGUCAACAUGCAGGAUAUUUCUACUGGUCAGAUAACCUUAGAUAAAUUUCGAGGCAUCGUGUUUGUCGGUGGUUUCAGUUUUGCCGAUGUUUUAGGCUCUGCCAAAGGCUGGGCUGCAGUUUCACUUUUCAACGAGGCAUGUCAAAAAGAAUUUCAUGCAUUUCUCGCUCGAGAAGAUACGUUUAGUCUUGGUGUUUGCAAUGGUUGCCAGUUGAUGAGUUUGCUUGGCUGGGUUGGUAAAGAUUCGACAACAGCGGAAAAUGAUUACCAACAAGGUGUUUGUUUCACUCAUAAUGAGUCCGAGUCUUUUGAAUCCCGCUUCGUGACUGUAAGCAUUCAAAAAAGCGACGCCAUCAUGCUUCGUGACAUGGAAGGUUCAACAUUGGGUGUAUGGGUAUCACAUGGCGAAGGUAGAGCUCAAUUUAAAAAUGAAAAAAUUAUGAAAGAUGUGCUCGAUCGUAACCUGGCUCCUAUUCGUUAUGUCGACGAUGAUGGCGUAAUUACCAUGAAAUACCCUUUGAAUCCAAAUGGUUCCCCUGAUGGUAUUGCUGCUUUAUGUUCAGAUGACGGUCGCCAUAUUGCCAUGAUGCCACAUCCAGAGCGGUGUACUCAGUUGUGGCAAUGGCCUUGGAUGCCCGAAGAAUGGAAACGUUUGGAUUGUUCUCCGUGGUUAAAGAUGUUUCAAAAUGCAUUUGAUUGGUGCAAUUAAUGUACUAUUAUAUAAUAUUUGUAUGAACUAUGUAGUAUAGGUUGGUGACUAAAACUACUAGUCUAGCAGUGGAUUUUGCUUUCGUUUGUUCAAAAUAUUUAAGAUAACUCGCGAUGAAGCGAGAUGCUUACAUAGGCUGUUGUUCUAAACGUAUGGACUAAUGUUCUUUAGUUGUGGUAUUUUCUAUACGAUGUAGAUGAAAAAUACACUCUCGUUCAAUCGAACCAGAUUUUUGUCUACUUGAAAAGCUCUGGGUGCAAGUUGUG